UGCUCCACUAGCAAAGUCGGCCUCGAACGAUCAAUUGAACAAACCGACUGCUUGCCCAUCUAUCUAUAUCUAUAUAUCUCAUUUCAACUAUCUCACAGUCAAUCCAGGAUCCUCCCAUCGACCGACUCGAUUGCGUUCCGUCGCCGAAAAUCCGUUCCGUCACGCACAACACCUUACUCCGUACAGUCAAGCCCUUGACGUUACCAUGAAGUCUUUUUCUGCCGGUGUUCUGGCUGUGUUCGGCGCCUCCGUCUCUCCCGUGGCGCUCGCGUUCGUGCCGCCGACGACCCACACGCUCGCUCGUACCAGUGCGGCAGCGACUAGCGCCCCCACGACGACGUACAAGUCGCCCUUGGUCUGGCGAAUGGCAUCCGACGACGAAGAUGAUGAUGGUUGGAAAGCUCCCACGUCGGCCAUGAUUGGCGGGGCCGGCGUCAACAACGCUGGUGAGCCUCCCUUUGAGAUUCGUGGAUUCUCCCUCGGUAAUCUCGUCGUGGGGGCCGGUAUCCUCAUUACCUUUGCUUCCUUCGCGGAAUACUUGUCGGAAAGUGGCGGUGACGGUUUGAACGUUUCGGGACUCGGAUUCGUCUACGGCAUUCCCGUCUUUUUGGCCGGCGCCGCACUCAAGUACGCCGAAAUCAACCCCGUGCCCGUCGCGACGACUCCCGCCGCCGAGCGGGUCUUUGACCGCAAGGCUACCGACACGAUUCUCAAAAUCAAACAGGACGUCACGCGACACCGCUACGGAGACGAGGCCCAUCUAGAUACCACCGUCAAAAAACUCGGACUCGUCGUGCCCGGCAAGGCCUACCCGCAAUUGCAAGAACUCCGACAAGACGAAGUCAACGACGGGGAACUAGCCUUCACUAUGGUCUGGCAGAGCGUAGACACACCCUACAAAAUGUGGGCCGACCCGCGACGCGUCCUCAAGUACGAAAAAUUCUUUGGACCCGGCGUGUACGCGGACGUCGUCAAGAUUGAUGCCGAACAACGACUCGUCGGGAUUCGGUUGACCACCGGAACGCGGCCACCCGUCGAGGAACAAGACACAUCGACGUCCGCGCCGCCCGUGGCCAAUCCGCAAGCCACCGCCGACAAACAAGCCUAG